GCGCCGAACAGCUGCCGGAAACGUCCUUUGGUCACUAGCUCUGGUCGCCACCAAGAUCACUAGUGAAUUUCAAUACCGUUGAGCCUCUGGUCCCAUCCCCGCGGCCUCCCAUGCCCUGUUGGAGUGCAGCUUAAGUGACUCCAAGCCUCAGAUGAAGGAGGUUCCGGACAAGAGGCUUCAGACAUGCAACCCUCACUUCUUAACGUCCUAGUCAUUGUCCUUGAAACCCGAGUCCCACCACCGCUUGCCCCCAACUCCGGGCUUUGACUGUUUAAAAGCUCGAGAGGAAGUGAAAGCGUCAAGUACAGUUGAUAGAAGUCCAGAUCCCGAGGAAAUCUCCAGCUAAAUGCUCAAAAUAUAAAAUACUGAGCUAAGAUUUGCGAAGAGCAGCAGAAUGGAUGGAUUUUAUGACCAGCAAGUGCCUUACAUGGUCACCAAUAGUCAGCGUGGGAGAAAUUGUAACGAGAAACCAACAAAUGUCAGGAAAAGAAAAUUCAUUAACAGAGAUCUGGCUCAUGAUUCAGAAGAACUCUUUCAAGAUCUAAGUCAAUUACAGGAAACAUGGCUUGCAGAAGCUCAGGUACCUGACAAUGAUGAGCAGUUUGUGCCAGACUAUCAGGCUGAAAGUUUGGCUUUUCAUGGCCUACCACUGAAAAUCAAGAAAGAACCCCACAGUCCAUGUUCAGAACUUGGCUCCGCCUGCAGUCAAGAACAGCCCUUUAAAUUCAGCUAUGGAGAAAAGUGCCUGUACAAUGUCAGUGCCUAUGAUCAGAAGCCACAAGUGGGAAUGAGGCCCUCCAACCCCCCCACGCCAUCCAGUACUCCAGUGUCCCCACUACAUCAUGCAUCUCCAAACUCAACUCACACUCCGAAACCUGACCGGGCCUUCCCAGCUCACCUCCCUCCAUCGCAGUCCAUACCAGAUAGCAGCUACCCCAUGGACCACAGAUUUCGCCGCCAGCUUUCUGAACCCUGUAAUUCCUUUCCUCCUUUGCCGACGAUGCCGAGGGAAGGACGUCCUAUGUACCAACGCCAGAUGUCUGAGCCAAACAUCCCCUUCCCACCACAAGGCUUUAAGCAGGAGUACCACGACCCAGUGUAUGAACACAACACUAUGGUUGGCGGUGCAGCCGGCCAAAGCUUCCCCCCUCCUCUGAUGAUUAAACAGGAACCCAGAGAUUUUGCAUAUGAUUCAGAAGUGCCUAGCUGCCACUCCAUUUAUAUGAGGCAAGAAGGCUUCCUGGCUCACCCAAGCAGAACCGAAGGCUGUAUGUUUGAAAAAGGCCCCAGGCAGUUUUAUGAUGACACCUGUGUUGUCCCAGAGAAAUUUGAUGGGGACAUUAAACAAGAGCCAGGAAUGUAUCGGGAAGGACCCACAUACCAGCGACGGGGAUCACUUCAACUAUGGCAGUUUUUGGUAGCUCUUCUGGACGACCCUUCGAAUUCUCAUUUCAUUGCCUGGACUGGCCGAGGCAUGGAAUUUAAACUCAUUGAACCUGAAGAGGUGGCCCGGCGUUGGGGCAUUCAGAAAAACAGGCCAGCUAUGAACUAUGAUAAACUUAGCCGUUCACUCCGCUAUUACUAUGAGAAGGGAAUCAUGCAAAAGGUGGCUGGAGAGAGAUAUGUCUACAAAUUUGUGUGUGAUCCAGAAGCCCUUUUUUCCAUGGCCUUUCCAGAUAAUCAGCGCCCGCUGCUGAAGACAGACAUGGAACGUCACAUCAACGAGGAGGACACAGUGCCCCUGUCUCACUUUGAUGAGAGCAUGGCCUACAUGCCCGAAGGCGGCUGCUGCAACCCGCACCCCUACAAUGAAGGCUAUGUGUAUUAACACACAGGACAGUCACGCGGGGCAGCAUCCUCGUGCUGUUCCUCUUUCUGCAAGAUACAGAGAAUCACUGAGUUCUCUUCAAUCUUUGUUUUAUUUUUGUUGUUUGUAUUUUAUUUUUAAAUAAUAAUACACAGAAAGGGGCUUUUCCUGUUGCAUUAAUCUAUGGUCUGCCAUGGACUGCGCACUUUAUUUGAGGGUGGGUGGGAGUAAUCUAAACAUUUAUUCUGUGUAACAGGAAGAAAAUGGGUGAAUGGGCAGAGGGAUUUGGGGAUUGCUUUUUACUUAGGCUUGGGAUGGGGUCCUACAGGUUUUAAGUAUGAUGAAGCUAUAUCAUGUCUAUUUGAUUUCAUAACAACAUAAUGUUCAUUUUCUCUGGGUAUCUAUAGUACAGUUAAUUUCACACUGUGUAAAUAUUCACUUGGAGACUAUUUGCCUUGGGCAUUUCCCCCUAUCAUUUCUGAGUCUCUGCAGGUGUACAAAAAAAGAAAAAAAAAGAAAAAAAAAACAAACAAAAAAACUACUGUAAAUGGCAGUUUAAUCGUUAGAAAUGACUGUUUUGCACCUCUUGUAAAAAGAUAUUUAGCAAUUGCAUUGCCAUUUUUUUGUCUAGUAUUGCUUUAUAUAUGACUCACAGAGGACAACCAUAAAAUGGGUAAUUCUCUCUGAUGUUGGGUAAUCACCACCACCUGUAAAUGAGGGGCACGAUUUUCAACUCUGGCUCCACACUGAGUCAUAGGCCAGUAGCAUUACAUGUAUCCGGUGCCACCUUGCUGUUUAUAUACCAAUCAUACUGUCUUAAAUAGUUUGAAACCCAUUUCAGUUCAAUGAUGACAUGUCCUGGUCCUUUGAAAUCAUUUCAAUGUUAAAUCUGGGAUCACAAUGAAGCAAAAAAUAUCUGUCUCCUUUCACUUCCUUCAGUACAUACAUACAUUAUUUAAUCAAUAAUAAUUAACUGUACUAAAUCACAUAUUAUGCUGUUCUAGUUACAGCAGGCACUCUUUAAGAAAAGUAUCCAAUACACUAAAUAGGUACUAUAGUAAUUUUUAGACACGGUACCCAUUGAUAUGCAUUUAAACCUUUUACUGCGGUGUUAUGUUGAUAACAUAUAUAAAUAUUAGAUAAUGCUAAUGCUUCUGCUGCUGUCUUUUCUGUAAUAUUCUCUUUCAUGCUGAAUUUACUAUGACCAUUUAUAAGCAAUGCAGUUACCUACAGAUAGCAUUUCAGGACAAAAUAGAUGACUCGAACCAUUUAUUGCUUAAGAAAAUAGCUUAUGCCAUGCUAUGCUAUAAGCAGCUUUUAUGCACAUCGACAACUGAAGAGUAAGCUCCAGCUUGCUAUGGGAAACUGUGGAAAUUUUUGUAACUUUUGGUGAGAUGGAAAAUUAUUUACAAAUUGUCCAAGAAUAUGAAGAAGUUGCUGUAUGACAUAGUGCUGGCACUGAUAGUAUCCAUCAUCUCGUUUUGAAUACUCCUGUAAAUGUGAUUGGAUUGUUGAAAGAAGACUUAAAGAUUUAAAGUUUCAAAGUUUUUUGUUUUGUUUUUGUUUUGCAUUUGCGAGAAAUAUUGAAAGCAAGGUAUGUUUUUCCAUUCACCUUGAAAAAUCUGUAAGUCAACGGUGUUACAGUAUUUCUGAUAUCUUGCUCAAAGAUUCAAGAAAAGAAACAUGACUUUUGUUCCACCUAUCAAUAUUCUAGAGGAACAAUUUUUUUCCAUAAUCUAUAGUAAAAUGUUUUAAACAAUUCUAAACACAGAGAUAAAAUAAAUCUCUAAAAUCAUUUCAUGAUGAGCACAGAAACGAUUGUUUAAAGCUGAUCCCCUCCGCUAUCUAUUUCCACUUAUUUCUCUAAACUGAGAAGUUAUUGAGAACCCCAAAUACCCAAAUCAUUGCUAUUCACAUUUAAUUGUACAAAAAAAUUCUGAUCUUCCAAUAUGAAUGUAACCUUUGAUUUCAAUGAUUAUUCUACAUGUACAUCAUACAUCAUUUGGCUCUUCAUGGGUUAAUAAGUAUGCCUUAAAAAUAAGGACUUCCUUCCCCGUCACUAUGCUCAUGUGGCCAUUUAUAGUACUUAGAAUU